AAUCAGCAUCAAGGUCAUUCCCCCUGCUCCAAGAUGCCCUGCAAGACCGAGGAACUUUAAAUGGUGGGGGCCACGGCCACUGGCUGACUCCAAGAGCAAGUUUAUCCAAGCCAGUGGGGGAAACAUUUAAGAAAAAUGUGUUUACAGGACAUCGUGCCCUGCCAGGAUCUCUCACAGCACGACAGCUUGCAGUAGGAAUUCUGCAAGCUCAGCUGAGUAGCAAUCGCAUUCUCCAAAAGAACUUGGGCUCUGUUUUGGACACCAAGUGCCUUAGGACAGGAAUAUCUCCCUCCAAGCAGAAAUCCCACAAGAUGAGGGGUGUUCACUCCAGUGUGAGAAACCAGCCAGGAGAGAAGGGUUCAAGAUCUCCGUCCACUGCCAAGUUGCUUGGUGCCUCAGACUGCCUAACCCACAUUGACCAGGAGGGCCGGGCUUCCAUGGUGGACAUCGGCGGGAAGGCUGAUUCUGAAAGGACCGCGGUGGCCAGUGCCGUGGUCCACCUGGGCAAGAAGGUGUUUGAAUUGGUGCGUCAGAACCAGAUGAAAAAAGGGGACGUGCUGGCUGUUGCCCAGAUUGCAGGGAUUCAGGGUGCCAAGUUGACCAGUCAGCUGAUCCCCCUUUGCCACAACAUCCCACUGAGUCUGGUGGAUAUUUCUCUGAGUCUAGAUGAGAGCAGGCAUGCGGUGGUGAUCCGGGCUCUGUGCCGCACUUAUGGGAAAACAGGUGUCGAGAUGGAAGCCUUGACAGCUGCCAGCCUGGCUGCUUUGACUGUGUACGAUAUGUGCAAAGCAGUCACUCACGACAUGGUCAUUGGAGAGGUGAAACUGCUCAGCAAGGAAGGAGGGCAGAGAGGAAACUUCCAGCAAAGCUAGCAAGGCUCUGAAGAUUCUGAGCCAAGAGAUCAUCCGUGGCAUCAAAGGCUUCAUCCGCACAUACCAGGGAUCAGGGUUUCAACAACUGCAAUUUGAACUGCCGGUCACUUUACUAUAGGAUUGAUAUCCACUUAAAUCACUGGUCUUCCUUGUAUAGAAAGGCUUGGAUCUUGAUGGCUGCCUGCCUUCUUCCCAAAGAGAUUUACUGGUGGUGGUGGGGGUGGGGAGAUAACUAAGGCCAAACCUUGCUAAAGUAUUCAGGGCUUGUGGAACUUACUGAGGUGCAAAUGGGCUGCACACCUCACCAGUUGUCCUCCUACGGGGUUACAAUCUCAUAAUUCUUGCAGUUCUUUCUUUCGUUAGCACUAAAAUCACUUGUACAACAGGAUUUCAACUAGAAUACAUUGCUUAAGGCUUAUCUGAUACAGAGCUAAGGAUUCUGACUGGAACAAAAAUAGUGGACUUUAGGAUUCUUAAAUCAACUGAGCCAUUAUAUUAAUGCCUUGCUUAGGCCCAAGAUGAGAGAAUAUGAACUAGGAGCUAUCUGACUGUUUCUUAGACCGCUUGGGCCAAAUGCAGUUUUUAGUACACUGAGAUGAGACAGAGUGUUGUACUUGAUGCUGGGAAUCAUUUGUUUGUUCACUGGGGGGAAAUGGAAUAAUCAAGACACAGUCCCAGCUGUGUGUGUGGAGAGACUUGUACAUAAAAUGGCACUGAGUGUUAAUAAGGCCAAAUAACUUGCACACUCAAUACUGUUUCCUGGCAACAAAAUUGUGCUCAGUACAGCUCAAAAUCUAGCAGUGCUGGAUCAUGUCCCUCUCUUCCAAUCUGGCACACUUCUGGAAGCAGUUUUCCAAGUUAAUAGUCCUGUUUGCCUUCUCUAAGACGGUGAAAUGAAUAUUGUGCUGAGAGCCAUACCGUGUGUGCUGAAGCUACUCACAAGGUUACCUUUCCCAACAUCAUUCGAAAUCAUCUUCACUCGCUUUCCCUAGAACCUUCUCAACAUCAGAAUUUCCUCUAGCAUUCCCUGAUUUCUCCUUGCCACCCUUCUGUUUGUCUUGGCAUGCAAGGACAGAGGUGGCAGGGCAGUGUCUUUGAUAGCCACACAUGGGCGGCGGCAGCAGCAGCAAAACAGCGACGCCAGCUCUGUGGGACUGGCAGCUCAGCAGAUGGGGGUCUCCACAACCUAUUUGAGGGCUCCCCCCAGUCCCUUCGUGGAGAGGUGAAGUGUGUGGCUAGUUUUAAGGCUGAGAAUGAGGAGGACUCAUCCUGUUUUUACAUGGGUGAUCCUUGAACCCUGCUGGGUGCUUUGAAUGCAUUCAGGUAAAUAUGACUAAGUAUAAAGCAGCUUGAGGGCUGGGUUCAGUGCUGUGAAAAUGGUACUUGUGCCAUUGUGACAUUUUGGUACCUUUUCCUUUUUGCGGAGCGCACACAGGGCCCUUUCCUUUCAGUAUGUAGACUUCUGUUAACUGCAAAUAAAUUACUUUGAGGGGAUAAUGGUUGUUCUGGGAGCAACUGAGGAAAUUUUCAUAAAGGCAUAUGUUGCAUCUCAAGUUGCCUGCUGUGAGACUUGAACAGUGUUGACUUACCCACGAAGCAAUUAGUGAACGGCAGGGAGUUAUCUCAAUAGGAGUGCAUGGCAAAUCUUGGCCCCUCCGUGUGCAGCGGACAAGGCUAUUUCAGGGUCUUGAGCCAAGAGAUUGAGCAAUCUGUUUAUGCUUUGUCCUACAGCAACCCUUGGGAAAAAAUGUCUCGAUGCUUGUAAAUAGUGAGGGGAAAAGUCAGGCUAAGGGAAGUUCCCUAUCAGGAAGAUCCAGCAAACUCAGUACAACUUGGCCCGUGCCCUGUUAUGGUUAAGAGGAGUAUAAACUAAAUCAAGAUCGGCAUUUGUUUGUGUAGGUCCAUCACAGGAACCCUUUAGGAGGGGGCUGUGCUCCUUCUCCAAGGGCACCCAUCACCAGAGUAAAUGCUCUUAAAAUAUACUUGUUUUGUUUUGUACAGUAUUAAUCUUUAAUAUACCCAAGUACAGGCAUUUGAAUGUUACUGCAAACCUCUUCUCUCUUCGUAUGCCCUCAAGUGGUUUAUUCUGCUUACAAAUGGAAAAUAAAACUUUCUCAGGAGGGUCAAAAAGCAGAUAAAUAAGAGUGCUGAAGAGAAGAGAUUGGAUU